CAAGUUUUCAGAUCAGAAUAUAAAGAAAUUUCAGCUCGCUCUCGGCACUCACAUUAUUUGUGUAGUGAGAUAUGUUUCCGCCUCAUGAGUGACUUCAAACAGUCCUAAACAGGCACCUUUUUUCCUGUUAUCAGAUUUGCUGAAGCUUGGCAUCCUGGUGUAGUUUUGCUCAAUUUUCUAGACUUAAUAGUCAAUAGGUAUCAGAUGGCGGCAGUAUGGAGAGCAUAUCUAGGAGUACUUCAUAAGUAUCCCUUUCGGACGCAAGCAGUAACAUCAGGUGUCCUAUUUUUCACCUCGGACUGUAUAUCACAGCAGGCAGUUGAAAGGAUAGGAUGGAAAGAUCACGACAAAGCAAGGACUAUGAGGCAAACUCUUUUUGGCUUGUGCUUUGCUGGUCCAGCUUUGUUUGCUUGGUAUAAAACUCUAAACAGACUGUUUCCAGGUUCUGGAAAAUUUACACCAUUAUGGAAGGUGAUAACUGAUCAGACUCUAUUUGGACCAAACUUUCUCAUGAUUUAUUUCUCAACUGUUGCGUUAACAACGGGGAAGAAGCUUGAAGAACUCCCUGCCAUCUUAAAAAGGGAUGUACCAAGCACCUUUAUGAGGGGACUCAUGAUCUGGCCAGCAGUACAACUAGUCAACUUUUAUUAUGUUCCUCUUCUCCACAGAGUUAUGGUUGUCAAUGUGGUUUCAAUGAUGUGGAAUACCUAUUUAAGCUGGAAAGCGAAUGCCAAGAGAAGUAUAGAAAUGACACCAACCUCUUAAACCAUAGACCUAUCUGCACCUACUCUAAUGCUGCAUGGUGAUGAAAUACAAUAUAAAUGUACUACCAAUGUGUACUGAUAUAUGACAUGAUUCCAAGGUUGAGGAUGGUAAGGAACCUUGACAAAAUCCAGAACCUCGUUUUUCCGGCAGGAAUGCUGCAGGUGGAUUCUCGUUGCAAAUCUUCACUUAUCAUUUUACAUUUCAUGAUAGACAAUAAUAGAACAUGCUGGAAAGCUGCAAUGGAAAGAUGUAUUGAAUUUUAAUUACAUUAUUCCUGCUAAUGAUGCAGCACAGAAUUUCAAUUAAAGUGAUUGAUUAACAUUGGUUUGACUUAAAAAAAAACUGAGCUAGAAGGUCACACUUGUCACCUGUGUCUGUGAUAUGUUACAAAA